AUCAGUUGUGGCAUAUUCAAUUAUUUUACAAACUUUAGUAGUUUUGUGCUUAUUCUAGAGACUUUAACUAUGGUAAUAAGAGAUUAUGAAUCAAUUUCGCCGGUUGACCCCCCUCCACUAUACACUCAAGAUCAGAACACGGAAGAUCUAGCGAGUAUAGUUGACGGUGCGGAUAGCUCCGAUGAGCACAAUGAGCUGAUUCCAGAAGAUAAGGGACGUAUUGUUUUUUGGAUUAUUUUGCUCAAUGGAAUUGGAGUUCUUUUGCCAUGGAAUAUGUUUAUCACUAUCGCGCCACAGUACUACGUGGAUUACUGGUUCACAGUAAAUGGAACAGCAACUCAUUACGCCGACAGUUUUCAAUCAGCAAUGGGAGUUGUCGCUCAAGUUCCAAAUUUGAUUGUCGCAAUUAUUAAUGUAUUGAAUCUGAUCCGUGGACCACUUUUAUAUCGAGUACUUGCUCCAUUGGCAUUCAAUAGUUUGCUCAUUGUGAUUAUACUUGCUUUGGUCAUUUUUCAACAACCCAGUGAUCAGGCGCGUAACUGGUUCUACAUUGUCUCAUUAAUCAUAGUAAUGGCAAUGAAUGCAUCCAACGGUCUCUACCAAAACUCAUUUUUCGGAAUGGCUGCAGAUUUUCCCGCAAAAUACUCGAACGCUGUGGUUAUUGGAACAAAUAUUUGUGGAACAUUCACUAGUGUCUUGGCAAUUGUCGCAACUUUGGCAUUCUCAACACAAGCUGAAACUGUUGCACUUAUUUAUUUUGGAAUAUCACUUCUUAUUCUGUUUGUUUGUCUUGUGUCAUGGUGGUUCUGCAAGAAAAUGGACUUCUACAAAUAUUACGUUUCAAAAGGAAACCGUCUUCGUGCUGCUCAGGAACAAUCUUCGUUUGAUUAUAGGCCAUACUUGGAAACUAUUAAAUAUUGCUGGCUUCAAUGUAUUUGUGUAUUUCUUGUAUAUUUUGUGAGUCUCUCCGUAUUCCCAACAGUUCUUGCCGGAUUUCAACCAGGUUACACCGUUUUUCCUAACGAUGUGUACGCUGGAAUCGCAGUGUUUUUAAAUUUUAAUUUCUUCGCCGCUGUCGGAAAUGUUGCCGCUACUUUUGUUACUUUCCCUGGUCCACGUCUAUUGAUUGUUCCCUGCGUAAUUCGUCUAUUAUUCAUUCCAUUCUUCAUGUUCAGCAACUAUUUACCACAUUCUCGUACUAUGGGAGUAUUAUUCACCAACGAAUGGAUCUUCUUUUUUGGUAACACAUUAUUGGCAUUCACAAGUGGAUAUUUCUCAUCUUUGGGAAUGAUGUAUACACCACGUGUCUGCCCACCGGAAUACUCAAAAUUAGCUGGUCAAGUGUCUGCAUUGUCUCUGGUUCUUGGUAUUACUGCUGGUGUCAGCUUUACAUAUGCAAUCACUGCAAUGGUUAAUAACUUUUAAUUGAAACAUAUUUCUGUAUUUUUUGAAGAAACAUUUAUAUAAUUGACAAAUUGUUAACUGCUUAGCGGGUGUAUGAAUAUGAUUCUUUGUUAUAAUUUUUAUGGAAUCAUUCAAUGAAAUAAUGAAUUUCAAUUUUGUAACACACUGUACUGAAUAAGGUUGAUCCAUUUUUUUGAUGUUCCAUUAUAUCCUAAUAAUGGAUAUAUAUACGAUAUAUAAUGGUAUUGAAACAGUUUUU